AUGCAGAAGCUGAAGGCGCUGUCAGCUCUGCUCCGUUUUCUCCAGGAGUUUUUGGCUUCGAAUCCAGGUCAGUUGCAGAUUGAAUCCACUUUUCGGGCGCUGGUGCAUGAGUUGCUCUUCAUCUACGAUGCCCUCCUGACUCAAGCGCUGGAGAAGGGCUGCUUGUACGGCCACGCCUUUGCACUGGUGGUUUCUAUGAUCCGCGUACACCUUCUGCUACUGGUAGCUGGUUUGGUGCAGGACCUUUGCGGCAGUCUCAUUGUUUGUAUCAGGAAGUCUGUGCAACGUUUGCUCGCGCCGCUAACUGAAGCCUUCUACCUGCUUGUUGGGCUUUUCGCCAGUGCACGGCGUGAGCGCCCAGUGGUGCCACGGAAGGUUCUUUCUGUCAGCCCGAUCUCAUUGAAUGCCGCGGCCAUUCGACAUCGCACAAGGGAAGCCCUGGAGAACCUGGCGUGCAACACGGCAGCCAGAGAAUCGUUGGCAAAAGCGGGACUGCAGCCAGAGGACGUCUCCUUUCACGCUGCAGAGUUGAACCAUAUACAAGAGAGGUGCCAGCCCAUGCGUGAGAGAGGAAACGGAGACUGGUGGCUCGCUGAGGAUGGGCCCGUAUCAAUGCUUGCUGGUCAACGUGAUUUGCGAUGUUCAGAUUCCUUGCGGGUGCUGGGAGUUCUUCUUCCCCUGCCAUGUACUGUGCUGUUAUUGGAGCAGAUCUUGGAAGGUGCCAGCAUGCCUUUGCCUGGGGCGCUCUUUGGCGCUUGUGGCAUUUUGUGUGCAGCAUCUGUUGGUUUGCUCAAUGGAGGUUAUUUGGCCUGGCCAGCGCGGCUGCUGACUGCACUCCGCAUUCUUCUGGCAAUCCUGGGGGCAGCCGCUGCGGAAGCAAAGAGCGAGGGCUAUGCUGUAUUGUCGGCAGCACUCCUCGCUUCCAUUGACGUAAGGCCACUGAGCCCCAAACGAUCUCGGGGCCGCGCCCAGCUGGCAGCUGUAUUUGUGGCACUGCAUGUGAUGACGCUGUCGGUGCAGCACUGGGCGCAGCUCGAAAACGAGGCUGAGACCGAAGAGGAGGGCCUGGUUCAACAGGACAGGUGCAGUCUCUUCCUGUCUCACACCCCUGUGCCUCAGCACUUUAGGCAAGUUGGCAAGCAGGACCAGACCGAACACCGUGCAGACAACAAAGGCCGAGAGAAAGAGUCGCGAUUUAAGGUAGUCUCCCUCAAGCGCGGGGUGGUGCAUGAGGGUGCAUUCUCCGUGCUAUUUCAGAUGGAACGAGAAGCUGUUCUCCCAGAUUUAGUGCUGCGGCAGCAACAGAUGGAGGCAGACUGCAGCUUUGUUACAGCAGAUUGGCAACUAUGCGUUGCAGCCAAGCACGGCAGCCUGUUGGCAAUGUGCCUCCGAAAAGCUUCCGGGGAACUAAAAACUUGUCAGCAGCGCUCGAGGAAAAGUCGAGGAGACGCAGAAGUCUUUCGCGCCAAGCCUUCAAGAGCAAUUGCAGCAUGUCGAGGUCAGCUGUAG